AUGCAAUGUCUAGCAUACUGCAAAGGAUACAAACAUUUAAAUCUGUGCUGGAGUGACAACAUAAGGAUAGCUCAAGUGCUUAACUCAGAAGCUCCUUCAAAAUACCUCAUUAUAUAUUCUGCUAAAUUUGGACACUGUCAGACUUUUUUAGACUAGACUUUUUAAAGCACAAGUACAAAGAAAUUUAAGGCCACUACUGAAAACUUGAUGAAAACUUCAUGUCCAUGCUUCACUUUACAUUCAAAUGAAGGUGCAAUUUGCAAGUCAGGUUUUGAGCUGCACCCAUUCACAUGCAAAUACGGGGGGAAAAAACAAAAAACAGCUUUGCAGUUCCUCUGUCCAACUGCCUACAAUCUGGACCUCUGCCGGUUUACGCCACCCAUUGUUUUCCAUAAAUGACUAUAUAAUUAUAAUAUUCAUCAGAUUUUUAUCUCUCUUAAAUUAACAAGGAAAUGAUUAGGCAGAGAUUACACGUAGCUCCACCCUGACUAACCGCUGAGUGUGAAUGAGUAGCUCAGGCCCAUAAUAAAAACAUUUUCCCCUCCAUGGCACCAGUAGCCUUGGAGCUGAUUUCAUUCAUUGACCAGGGAGAAGGUUUCAGACACAUGGAGGAGGACUUGGUUGCGCUGGGAACAUAAAUUCAGCAGGCGCAAAGAGGAGCUGCACUUCUCACUUCAUGGCUCAGCGCUCCGCUCAUCCUGUCGUCCCCAUCGCGCUGCUGGUGUUUGGAUUUGUUGCAAUCCUGCUCCUCACUAUCCCCACCGAAGACAUCCAAGAGGCGCCGGGGUUCAUGUAUGGGAUUGUCCUGGAUGCUGGGUCUUCGCACACAGCUUUGUAUAUAUACAAGUGGCCAGCAGACAAGCAAAAUGGCACAGGCGUGGUCACUCAGCACAGGGAAUGUCAUGUGCAGGGAGGAGGGAUCUCCAGCUAUGCAGGCCAACAGGGAGCGGCAGGAAAGAGCUUAGAGGCAUGUCUGGACCAGGCAAUGAGUGACAUCCCCAAAGAAAGACAUCAGGUCACGCCUGUGUACCUGGGAGCCACAGCUGGCAUGAGGCUUCUGCAGAUCUCCAAUCCAGAGCAGUCUGCUCACACUCUGCAGGAAGUGGGCCGUAAAAUCCAGUCCUACCCUUUCAAGUACCAGGGUGCGACCAUACUGAGUGGUCAAGAGGAGGGGGCUUAUGGCUGGGUCACCGUCAACUAUCUCUUAGAGAACUUUAUCAAGUAUGGUUUCGUGGGGCACUGGUUCAGCCCUGGCAGACCCACAGUGGGAGCGCUCGAUUUCGGUGGGGCGUCCACCCAGAUAACAUUUGCAACCCAGGAGGAAGUAGAGGACGAGAAGGACUUGAUAAAACUGCGUCUGUAUGGCCAGGAGUACUCUCUGUACACACACAGCUUCCUCUGCUACGGGCAGGACCAGGUCCUCAAGAGACUGCUGGCCCAUAUGGUGAAGUCUCAGGGUUAUUCAGAGUCAGUCACUCACCCCUGCUAUCCUGCAGGACACACCAGAACUUUAAAGCUGGACAGCAUAUUCAACUCUCCGUGUACGACAGAGAGCAAACCCGACUCCUACAUCCCUCAGGCCUCUUUGACGGUACAAGGCAGUGGACAUUAUGAACACUGUGUGGGCAAUGUGUCCGAGAUCUUCGACUUCAACAGCUGCCCCUACUCCCAGUGCUCUUUUGAUAAAGUCUACCAGCCAAAUGUCACCGGUAGCUUCAUGGCGUUCUCUGCAUUCUUCUACAUUCACUCCUUCCUGCAGCGUAUCACUGGUAUCACUGUGAGCACUCCCUCACAAAUGGAGGAGGCAGCCAAAACACUGUGCAGUAUGACUUUCGAUCAAUUGCUGCUUCUUGCUCCAGAGCAAAAGUCUCGUUUGCAGGACUAUUGCACUUCCUCUGUGUUUGUCAAGAUUCUCAUGGUGAGAGGAUACAGCUUCGAUGAGACGUCAUUCCCACACAUUUCCUUCCGGAAGAAGGCAGGGGACACCUCCGUGGGUUGGGCUCUGGGCUACAUGUUGAGUUUGAGCAAUUUGCUGCCAGCAGAGAGAGUGCAGCUGAAGAAGGCCCUGAACCUGGGAGCGUGGGGAACUCUUAUCUUCCUCUUUGUCCUCCUCCUAGCAGCAGUCAUGGUCUUCAUUUUACUUCGAGCUCGUGAUGGGAGGAAGAAGGGAGUCAGUGAAAGUACCAUCUAGGUACUGCCAGUCAGAAAACAGUAGGACAGAAACACAUUUUUGUUUGUUUUGGCACUGUAGUACAGCACAUUGGAUUUGAAAUAAAGAUAUGACUAUGAGGUAAAAGAACUGCUUAGAAUUCCAAUAUCUGGUGUUCACAUUAUAAUCGGUGAACACUGUAAAAGCCCUAACUCUCUUUAUAAAGUCCCCCAACUUUAGGUUAAUUCAACAGGACAAUGAUCCUAAGAGACUGUUAUGUAUGUUCACAGUCUGUGUAUUUGUAUUUUACACUUUACCUAGACUUAUGUUUACUUAUCCAAUUACUUUAAGCCCCCUAAAAUUGGUGCAUUCUGCACAAGAAAAUUUUGCAGAGCCAACACAAUAAAAAAUGUGUUAGACUGAAAUAUUGUAUGACUGCUCAAAUGGUUGAAAAACACAUCACUCCGCUGGUGCCAUCAGCACUACAGUGGAGGUCUGUAUGUAAUUUUUAUUUUUAACAAGUCAAACCACUUUUUGGUCCUAUGAUAUGUAAAAAAAAAAAAUACAGCUUUUUCUUUUGUAGAGUAAGACUGUACUCUGAAGCACUGUUACAGUAAACUCAUUGUGGAGAUGACUACCAGUUUAGUAUAUGAGGGAUCAUAAUUUUCUAAAUGUUUGUCUAAAUGUUCAAAAACAUUUUUCAGGUAGCAUUUUUAUUCACACUUUAGUCUGUCUAGAUUCUACAGCAGAGUUUAAGUCAUUAAUAAAGAUUGUGUCACACAGAGGAGGGUUAAUAACUAACUUUGACUGAUUUUGAGGCAAAUGCUGAGCCGUGACUCUUCCAGAAGUUAAUAGUCAGUAAUGGAGACCUUAACUUGUACUUUUGAUACAGGUCGAUAUCUGAUAGAAUAGAGCUCUCACUGUCAUUGAUAAAAUGUAGAAUGACAAAUGGAUAAGGUUUGGUGUUUAAACUAAACUACUUCACACUCCCCAUUGACAGUUCAGAAAGGAAUGUGCAAUGUUAAGUUACUGAAGAAAACUCACAUCAGAUCUCACCGACCUUGUGUUUAUAUUUUUCUUAUACGUUUCUUUAAUGACAUUAAUGCAGGUUUUAGUCAUGUGUGCUGUAAUAAACUUUAGCCAUCACAAAUCAAGCUAACAUUUUGACUUUAUAUAGAUGUUCAGAGAAUCAGAAUCAGAAUUGCUUUAUUGGCCAAAUGUACAAUGUACACAGGAGUUUGACUCGGUGAUACAGUGCAGUGAAACAAGAAAAUAGCAGAAUAAGACAUAGAAGAGCACACUAAAGUUAAGCAAAAGUGAGAGUGGAAGGAGAAACAUAAUAGAACAAAAAACCAUACAGUUGCUGGGUGCCAUUUCCCAGAACACAAUGCCCAUUAUAGUAUAAGUGUACUUGUACUACAGUAUGAAAACCAUCUUUUUGAAGUUUAUAAUGUUUUAGGUUUAGUUGACAUUGUGUUAAAAAGAUCAUCAAAACCUUUUUUUAUCACAGCUCAGUGAUCAUUUUUUAAUUGCAUUUGGUACUGUUGUACUGUGUUAUAUUGUCAGAGGUACUUUGCACCAUACAUACACAACAUUAAAAAAAAAACACUGUCUACAGUGUCUGGGCGCCUUUUUACAUGUUUACAUGUUGAAUUUGUAUGUAUAUUAUGGAGUAUUUCAAAUUAUUCUAAUACCAUAAUGCGUUUUUGGUUGUUGAAAAAUCUGACAAUUCUGGUAAUUAGUGCAGUCUGUGUGUUACUUUCAGCCCAUUCAAUCAAUCAUUGUUUGAUGAAACAGGUGUGACAGUAGAUUAAACAAAUGUUUUACCAACAUA